GACCACAAUUCCCAGAGACUUGACUUCGCGGCUUUUCUCUCUGUGUCGUGUGUCUCUUGGAGCUGGCUAGGCCACUAGGCCCACAGCGACGACGUGGUGCGUCGUAUCCAGUGUCAGGGUGUACUCUUUUGCCAGGCUUUCUGUUCUUUCAACCACUUUUGCCGGACAGGCCGUCGCAACUGGCCUGAGCAGUGACCUGGCGGGCCGCGCCUGCGCCUUGCAGCGUUUCCUGCCUGGCUGGUGGCGGCAGCCAUUUUGUUCAUCCUCCUCCUCCUCCUGCUCCUCCUGGUUGGAGCGCAGUGUCCGGAGCGGGCUGGGGGGAGCGGACCGAGAGUGGGGUUCAGUACCUUUUCCUCUGUCCCCAGCCGGAGCCCGGAGCCCCCCUCCCCUUCCUCCCCACCCCCUCCCCUCCCCAGCCCUGCCCUCCCCCUUGUCCCGGGAUCACUCCGUCGCACCCACCAUGAUGGAAGACGACGGACAGCCCCGGACUCUACACACACAAGCUAAGACAUAUGGUUCUAUCUUCAGAAAACAAUAUGGUGUUUAUAGCCUAGAUACGUAGGUAACCUCUCCAGAGAUGUGACAGAAGUCCUUAUACUCCAGCUAUUCAGUCAGAUCGGACCCUGUAAAAGCUGUAAAAUGAUAACAGAGCAACCCGAUAGCAGAAGGGUCAACUCUUCUGUUGGAUUUUCUGUUUUGCAGCAUACAAGCAAUGAUCCAUAUUGCUUUGUGGAAUUUUAUGAACACAGAGAUGCAGCUGCUGCAUUAGCUGCUAUGAAUGGCAGAAAAAUUCUGGGGAAGGAGGUCAAAGUAAACUGGGCAACAACACCAAGUAGCCAGAAAAAAGAUACUUCCAAUCACUUCCAUGUGUUUGUUGGGGAUUUGAGUCCAGAAAUUACAACAGAAGAUAUCAAAUCAGCAUUUGCCCCCUUUGGUAAAAUAUCGGAUGCCCGGGUAGUUAAAGACAUGGCAACCGGAAAGUCCAAAGGCUAUGGUUUUGUAUCUUUUUAUAACAAACUGGAUGCAGAAAAUGCAAUUGUGCAUAUGGGGGGCCAGUGGUUGGGAGGUCGACAAAUCAGAACCAAUUGGGCCACACGUAAACCACCUGCCCCUAAAAGUACACAGGAAACUAACACUAAGCAGUUGAGAUUUGAAGAUGUAGUAAACCAGUCAAGUCCAAAAAAUUGUACUGUGUACUGUGGAGGGAUUGCCUCUGGGCUAACAGAUCAGCUUAUGAGACAAACAUUUUCACCAUUUGGACAAAUUAUGGAAAUUCGAGUUUUUCCAGAGAAGGGCUAUUCGUUUGUCAGAUUUUCAACUCAUGAAAGUGCAGCGCAUGCCAUUGUCUCUGUUAAUGGUACUACAAUUGAAGGACAUGUGGUUAAAUGCUAUUGGGGUAAAGAAUCUCCUGAUAUGACUAAAAACUUCCAACAGGUGGACUACAGUCAGUGGGGCCAGUGGAGCCAAGUGUAUGGAAACCCACAGCAGUAUGGGCAGUAUAUGGCAAACGGGUGGCAAGUUCCUCCCUACGGAGUCUAUGGGCAGCCAUGGAACCAACAAGGAUUUGGAGUAGAUCAAUCACCUUCUGCUGCUUGGAUGGGUGGAUUUGGUGCUCAGCCUCCUCAAGGACAAGCUCCUCCUCCUGUAAUACCUCCUCCAAACCAAGCUGGUUAUGGAAUGGCCAGUUUCCCAACACAGUGAGCUGGGACUCUAAACACAGUUGUAACUCACCAUAGGCUGCAAUUUCGUAUGACACUUUGAAGACAUGAAAAGUAAACAUCGGAAAGUGAAAAUAUUUAUUUUAACAAUUGAAAUGUUGGAACCUUUAGCACAGCUUUGCUCGGGGAAGGACACGUGUCUUCUAGUUCUGCCUUUUUAAGUUUUUGUUCAUGAUGGAUAUGAACAUGAUUUUUCUUUGUGUACAAAAACUAAAAUAAAGUCAAUAAAGACAA